ACGUAUUAUUGAUUAUUCAAGCAAGAUAGGCCAUUGAUAGGCAUUAAUUAUAUAUUUAUAUAUAUCAGGAUAAAUGCAGGAAAUUUUAGUGAAAUGUUAACGGAUUGCGAUUGAUUGCUAUUCGGCAAAAUAUAUUAUCAGUUCUCGUUGCUUAGGUUUGGAGUUGUCUGGCCACGAUUACAAUGCCUAGGAGCUUAACUGCCAAAAUCGGCCCUUCCAUCCUCAAUGCCGAUCUGUCACAACUCAGCGAGGAGUCACAACGACUCCUGGAUAGCGGUGCUGACUAUCUUCAUCUCGAUGUCAUGGACGGACAUUUUGUUCCCAAUCUUACUUUCGGUCAUCCUUUAGUCAAGUGUCUUCGAUCAAAAAUCAAAGAUGCCUUCUUUGAAACGCACAUGAUGGUUUCAAAUCCGAAACAAUGGAUCGAGCCGAUGGCCGACGCUGGUGUAAAUCAAUACACUUUUCAUGUGGAACCUGUACAAAAUGUUCCAUUAAUUUGUCGAAAAGUUCGAGAAGCUGGUAUGAAGGUUGGCAUAGCUUUAAAACCAGGGACAGCUGCUAAUUUUAUUACAGAAUAUAUCGAUCAAGUUGACAUGGUUUUGAUAAUGACGGUAGAGCCAGGUUUUGGGGGACAAAAAUUUAUGGAAUCUAUGAUGAGCAAGGUGUCUUGGUUAAGAGAUAAUUAUCCUGAUUUAGAUAUAGAAGUGGAUGGAGGAGUAGGACCAACUACCAUUAAUGCUUGUGCCAAAGCUGGUGCUAAUAUGAUUGUGUCCGGUACAGCGAUAAUAAAUUCUAACGAUCCAGCUAAAGUUAUUAACGAUAUGAAGUGUACUGUAAAUAAUGCUUUAGAAAAUAAUAUUUGUAACUAUUAAUUGUUAAAUAUAC